GAUUGAUCUGAUCUUUUCAUGUCAAAAAAAUGAGCUCAUCUUUAAUAUUUUUUUCUCUGGUUUCUAUAUAUUUACACCUGAUCUCUUCUUCCCACACCCACCGCCAUAGCCCAAAGACUUACUGAAAUUUAAAACCCCCACUCAUCUCUUUCCUUUAUUAAGAAGUGAAGGAAGAAAAAGAGAGAAAAUAUAUAUGGAAAGUUUAGAAGAGGAAAAAUUAGUUCAAAUGGUUGAUGAUUUUAUCGAAUCAGUUGAUGAUCAUCAUCAAUCACCAACUUCUUCUUCUUUUCGGCCUCUUUCAUCCAAUUCCAAAUCCCAUCAUUUUUUCACAUUAAAGGAGAUUCUUGGGAAUGGAACGAAGGAAGAAGAAGAGGUGGGUGAGAGUGUGAUGAAACACUUGAGAAGAUGGAAAGCAUCAGAUGCUUCUUCCAAAACCAAUAGCCUUAGGAAAUGGCUUGUGAUGAAGCUCAAAAUGGACGGCUAUGAUUCUUCUCAUCUUUGUCAUACCUCUUGGGUCACUUCCAUGGGCUGCCCAGCAGGGGAUUAUGAAUACAUAGAGAUGAGAACGAAGGAUGAUGAAUUAGGGAGCAGAAAGAGAUUGAUAAUAGACAUAGAAUUCAAAGCACAGUUUGAAGUAGCAAGAGCAACAGAAGAAUACAAACAACUCACAAAAGCACUUCCAACAGUGUUUGUAGGAAGUGAAGAGAAAGUGAAGAGAAUAAUAAGUGUUUUAUGUUCAGCAGCCAAGCAAUCCCUUCAGAAGAGUGGUCUUCACAUUCCACCUUGGAGAACUUCCACUUAUAUGCAUGCCAAAUGGCUUCUUCUUCACCUUGAUCACUCUACUAAUAAUCACUCUAAUUAUUAUAUCCCUACUAAUAUUAAUAUCAAUAUUAUGAGACAUAAUAAUAACAACAACAGUAACAAUAAAUAUUAUUAUUGGAAGCCUCCAAUGGUUAAUUAUUAACCAAUUUUCAAGGAGGUAUUCAUUUGGGGUUGUGGUGCUUCUUCUGCUUUGUCUACUCAGUUUUCUAAUAUCACUGUUAAUUGUUGUAAUUGAUUAUAUUAUUAAUUAUUAAUCUCUCUUUCUUUCUUUAA